CGCCUCGCCAGUUUGAAAGUACCUCUGCGCUCCCGACCGCGCUCCCUAAAUGGUUGUCGCUUCCCACCUCCCACGGAGGGAUGAGUUAGGCUGGAGCUGGCGGCGACGCGGGUCCCCGCGCAGAGCCCUCGGUAAGCCAAGAGAGAGCGGCUCCCUGGGUUGCUUCCUGCACCCUUCCCAAGUGUGAGCACAUCACAGCCAGCACGGAGAAGGGCCUCCUCUUGUCUUCAAGGCACUUGCCUCUGCCUCCCAUUCUUUUGUCCAAAAGAAGGAAAAGCCAGACCAAAUCAGUCCAUAAAGAACUUGUGCUGGUCUAAGGAGGAGGCUCUGGAGUCUCUCCACGUCUUUUCUUCCCAGGAUCCUGUCUGUGGGCUGGAUUUUCUGGUCUCAACUUCAGGGGAUCAGUUGCAGGGAAUCAGGAUCUCAGAAUCUUUUGGUUUUGCUUUUACUUGAACCCUUUCAACUGGGAAGCUGAAGCUAUCACUGCUAAAAUCCCAUUUUUUUUUCCCAAGCAUGUCAGACAGCUGGCAGCAGCAACAGCAGCAACCACAGCAGCCGCCACCACCGCAGCAGCACCACGCUGGGGCAGCCACCCUCCCAGAGCACUCCAUCCCUCCCAGCACUGCUGACAACCCCUUGGGCUGUGCCGUGUACGGCAUCCUGCUCCAGCCGGACCCCGGACUGCAGCACCACCAGCACGCCCCCAUCCAGGCUGGAGAGCCAUCCCACAAAUGCGGUGUGUGCGGCCAUGACCUCGCUCACCUCUCCAACCCCCAUGAGCACCAGUGCUUGCCAGGCCAUGACCGCUCUUUCCAGUGUACCCAGUGCCUGAAGAUCUUCCACCAGGCCACCGACCUCCUUGAACACCAGUGUAUCCAGGUGGAGCAGAAGCCCUUUGUGUGCGGGGUUUGCAAGAUGGGCUUCUCCCUCCUGACCUCGCUGGCGCAGCACCACAACGUCCACAACGGCAACGCCAUGAAGUGCUCUAUCUGUGAGAAGACCUACAAGCCUCCUGAGGUAGAGCAUUCACAGCCUCUCGACCCCUCGGAGAAGCCCUACAGCUGCUCCAUCUGUCAGAAAACCUUCAAGCACCUCUCGGAGCUGUCCCGGCACGAGCGCAUCCACACGGGUGAGAAGCCGUACAAGUGCACGCUGUGCGACAAGAGCUUCAGCCAGUCCUCCCACCUGGUGCACCACAAACGGACGCACAGCUCGGAGCGGCCCUACAAGUGCACGGUGUGCGAGAAGACCUUCAAGCACCGCUCCCACCUGGUGCGCCACAUGUACGCGCACUCGGGGGAGCACCUCUUCAAGUGCAACGUCUGCGAGCUGCACUUCAAGGAGUCCUCAGAGCUGCUGCAGCACCCCUGCACGCCCAGCGGGGAGCGGCCCUUCCGCUGUGGGGAGUGCCAGAAGGCCUUCAAGCGUCCCUCGGACCUGCGGCAGCACGAGCGCACGCACAGCGAGGAGCGGCCCUUCAAGUGCGACCUGUGCCAGAUGAGCUUCAAGCAGCAGUACGCGCUCAUGCGCCACCGCCGCACGCACAAGGCCGAGGAGCGCUUCAAGUGCAACCUCUGCGAGAAGGGCUUCGUGCAGCCCUCGCACUUGGUGUACCACCAGCACGUGCACGGCAUAGAGAACCUCUUCAAGUGCAACGUGUGCCAGAAAGGCUUCAACCAGUCCUCAGAACUGCUGCGGCACAAGUGCGUGCAGAACGCGGAGCGGCCCUUCAAGUGCACGGUGUGCAACAAGUCCUACAAGCGGGCCUCGGCUCUGCAGAAGCACCAGCUGGCCCACUGCGCCGAGAAGCCGCUCAAGUGCACGCUCUGCGAGAGACGUUUCUUCUCCUCCUCGGAGUUCGUGCAGCACCGCUGCGACCCGGCCCGCGAGAAGCCCCUCAAGUGCCCCGACUGUGAAAAGCGGUUCAAGUACGCCUCGGACCUGCAGCGCCACCGGCGCGUGCACACGGGUGAGAAGCCCUACAAGUGCUCCUCGUGUGAGAAGGCCUUCAAGCAGCGCGAGCACCUCAACAAACACCACAGCGUGCAUGCCCGGGAGCAGCAGUACAAGUGCAUGUGGUGCGGGGAACGGUUCCUGGACCUGGGCCUGCUGCAGGAGCACAGCGUCCAGCACACGGCCGAGGGUGCCUACCAGGUGGCCGCCUGCUUGCCAUGAGCCUCCCGCCCCACGGUGGCUUUCAGCUUGCAUGGGACGCUCCCGAGCCUCGGCCUUCCCUUCCCUCUCCUCGGUUGUUGGCAACCUCCAGGGAGCGUGGGGGAAAGCGGGGGUACGGUGUGUGGGCAGGUAAACUUUCCUCUGGCCUCAGUGGUCGUUAUGCCACCUGUAUCGAAGUAGCAACAGACGGCGUGAGCAUCUCAAACAGGUGGAGAGGAGGGAGGUGGAGAGAGGAAACUGUGCCUGUAGAUGCCUGGUGUUCCCUGGACUGUAGUUCAUGCUGUACCUGCAGUUUCAGUCCUGGGAGCUCAGCUGUCUGUUGCAGGCACCAGCUCUUUGUGUGCAGCCUUUUUCCCCUUCCCUGCCUAGCAGGGCUGGUGGGAAGGGUUGGGUGACUCUCCUCCUGGAGAGGGUUUAGGAGCAAGGCAGAGCCUACCCUCCCUUCUCCCAGGGUGUUCUGCUUGGCAUGGAGAUAGCAGAUUUCUGCUGCUGGGGUCUCCCAACUUGGUCUAGGCUCAGCUGAGGGCAUUGUUUCAGAUUCUUAGUGUUUGACUGCCCCAACCUCCCCUGCUCUCCCUCCUUCUAGAGUGUUGAAAGGGAAAAGCCAUGGGGCUUCACAGCUCCAAAAAGCACUUUGGCAUUGCUGCUUUUGCAGUUGCUGGCUGUCACACUCUGCAAGGGUUCUGAGUGAGCCUGCCUGCCCCCUGUCCCUGCCAGCUGCACGGGGAACUGCAGGAAGCACUGUGCUGCUACCAGAAAGUGUGGCAAGGAGCACUGAGACAGUCUGCCAGGGAGGAGGUCAUGGAUUCUCCCUCUCUGGAGGCAUUCAAAACCCACCUGGACAUAUUUCUGUGUAACCUGCUUUAGGUGACCCUAACUUAGCAGGGGGGUUGGACUAGAUGAUCUCCAAAAGUCCUUCCGACCCUACCAGUUCCAUGAUUCUGUUACAGCAUUCAUACCCUGCUCCCAAAAGCCUGGUGUUCAGGAGCUGCUUCCCAAGGGACCCAGCCCUCCUGCUGAACCUUGCCUCCAGCCCCUUGAGCACCCCUUGGGCUGAUAGUGGUACCCCCAGCAGGGUCAGGCAAAGGGCUGUGACAGCUCCAACACUAAUGGGUGAGAUGAACACUACAAUACCCUACAACUGCAGAGGUGUUGCCAUGGCCAGCAGUACCCACAGCACGUGCCAGGGGCUUGAUGUCUGAUUUGCUGGAGGAACCAGAGCGAGCCAGGAGAAUCCUUUCUGGACUGCAGGCUUGGCUCCGUGGGGAGGGCAAAGUUAGCAGUGGGUAAAGGAGAAGUCUAUUUUUUCCCCUCUUGCAGGAGUCCUGUUUUACCCCUUUGCCCUUUCUUUACCUCGUCUGUAUUUUUCAGGUUUUGCACACUUCUUGUAAACAUCACUUAAAAAUAAAUCUCCCCCAGUAAGGUUGA